GACAACCGGCGCUCUCCAGUUCCCAAUCUUCGUCACUUUUCUUCACUUGCGGAACAGCGAACCCGCGAAACUACCAGGAGCCCGCUUCCCAGGGGACUAACCAUCCGUUCCUUUCCCUUGCUUCCUCCCUUUUUUCUUCCUCUCUUCCUUCGUCGUCGUUACAUUUAUCAAUCGGGUGGUCGAUGGCUAGGCUGUUGCCGCGUUCACUCUCCUCUUUCCCGGUUCUGCAGACUUGCACGAUCCGACUGCGCCUCGAAUGUGUCCCCGGUGGCAGAGCGUUCCCGUCGCUGCCUUUUGUCUAGGUGUACGAACCGGUGGAUUUUCUCGCGGCUUUUGAGUCGUUUCCUUCACUCCUUUAAUUCGAAAUGCCCUUGGUCGCCUGAGGAGAGAAACGCGAGUUCAGAGAAGGUUUUUCCCUCGCCUUCUCGGGGUUGUGCGCCUUCUUUCCUAGCGAUCCCGCGACGCCCGCGCCCCCGGUGGCUAGAAGAAGCGCAAGGGUUCCUUUUUCGUGUUCUUUUGUCAUAUGUGUUUGCUUCUUCUUUUCUUUUUGGCUUCCCUUCCGGUCAAAUCGCAGAGGUUUCCAUCCUCAGUUUAAUCCAUUUCUGUGUUUCUCGCAAUCCCGACACUUCUUCUGGCCAUCUCAACCGUUCGUGCACGUCGGUUUUGUGUAGACUGCCCGAGUUCUUCAUUUUCCUUCUUUCCUCCUUUCUUCUUCCUGUCACUUUCUUCGUUUUCUCUUCUCUUCUCGCUGCGUCUCUCUCUCGCGCGUGCGUCCUCUCUUCCUUUUCUGAACUGUCCUGGGUGAGCAGUGUGAGGUCUCAGAAAGGUGGUCGCGAAUUUGUGCUUUUUUUACGGUUCACUUUGAGUCUAGGUUUCUCUCACGACACUUUCUCGCUCUCCCUUCCUUCUAUUUUUCUCUUUUUUUCACGAUUUCUUCUUUCGGUCGAGACCCCAGAGUUCGCAUCUGGAGACCUCUGCCCAGCUUUGGUGGACAUCGUUUCCCUUCCUUUCUCCGUUCAGCCGUUUUUCCUUUCCCUUCGACAGUCCCCGAACUCCUCUCUCUCUCUCAUGCCCCUCCGUCUUGCUCGCGGGUCCCUGAUUCUUGGAUUGCCUCCUUGAAAACGCAGGCUGUUUUUUCUGACGUUCUCUGCCUUCCACGUUGCCGACGCGCGGUUCACAGGUCACUCCUGGCAGAGCACCCGAGGCGUCGUCCACCUUCUCGUUCCUCCUUCUCAGGUGAACGCGCAUCGAGAGAUCCGAUCAGACCAUUUUGGUGGAGAUCUCUUUUGCGCGUUUCCUGUCAGCUGCGCGCGAGGUGUUGCGCUCCUCUGGAACCUUUUCUCUCGGCGAGAAGCGUCUGAUCUGGGGACUCUUUAACGCGAAUGUGCUCGUGACACGCUCGUUUCUCCGACGUUUCGAGUGAAGUGAGUUUCACACGUUUGCUCUCAAAGCGUCGAACCUCAGGCCUGAAGAAAUCUUUUUCCUCUCGAGGCUGAGACAAGAAUCGCGCGGCGUUCGCGGAACUCCGAAGCACACCGGGGCUCUUCAUUUUCGGGGAGAAGCGAGGAAAACGCCGACUUAGUCGGAAGGUUUAUUUUUCGCUGUCAACCCGAGGAACGAGGGCACCUCGUGUUCCAUGUCUACAGCAAGUUGAUCUCUUCAACCUGCAUGCAAGAGUUCUCCGCUUCGUGUCUCGGCAUGCCUCUCGCUAUUUGAGGAGAGCGCUCUGCGUUUUUGAGGAAGUGAGUGUGUCAGAGGGGAUCUCCGUUCCCAGUCUGUCUUACUUCAUGCGAGGCUGGGAGAGUUGGCAUUUGCACCGUGUCUAGAACUCGCCGCUGGCUCGCGGCGUAGUUUUUUCCGAAUACCGAGAAGCUUCAGCUUCGUCUUCGACUCUGACGACCCUGCUUUUGUCCACCAAGUAUCGUACCGUCGACAGUUUCGCGUCUGGAAAAGAAAGUUCGUGUGACGGAGGUGUCGCGCACUCCUGUCCUCCUUGGUCAUCUCUCAGUUCGUCUGCUCUGUCCUCUGUUGAAUCUUUUUCUUCGCGCGUUUCUCUCCGUCUCGGUGCUUCCCGUUUCUCCACUUUCCUGUUCGCCCUCCUCGUUUCCCUAUCUUGUGUCCUCUUCCGGGGACUCUCGCGUUCUCCCCGCGUUUCCUGCCGUCUCCUUUCUUCUUCGCUGCGAUGUCUCCACGCGCGUCAGCGCCGCCUGCAGGAGGGGGAGGGUCGCCUCUGCAGUUCAGCGGGGCCGUCGUCGGGAAACGAAUUGGAAUAUCUUCUGUCUCCUCGCCGGCUGCACGCUCUGCGGGCAAGCAUGGGAGAGACCCCAACAGAGGCAAGGAGCCCGAGGACGAACUGGAGCGAGAAGUGUCUCUCCUCGUCGCCAGCAUCGCCAGGCAGGCCUCCAAAGGAUAUACCGGAGAAACUUGGUACGACUUUGACCUCCCUCUCGAUCGAACAGACCCCAUUACGAUCAUCCAUUUCAAUGAUGUGUACAACAUCGAAAGCAGAUGUGAUGGAACGGGGGGCGUCUCGCGCUUCGUCACGGCUCUUCAGAGCUUCCAGCACAAACACCCUCUCAUUCUCUUUUCCGGCGACGUGUUGAAUCCGUCAGUGAUGUCGACGUACACUCGAGGACGGCACAUGGUUCCGUUUCUGAAUCUGCUGAAGAUCCACACUGCGUGCUUCGGCAACCACGACUUCGACUUCGGAAUUGACGAGCUGGAGUACGCCGUGGGCUCCUGCAGCUUUCCGUGGCUGAUUUCGAACGUAUUCGAGAAGACAGGACAGACGGCCGAGCCUGCCUUCGCGUCUCUGAAGACGAUGGAGAAGUGUGGAAGAGAAAGCGAGGACGAAGGCGUCUUCGCAGAAGACUACGUCGAAGUGCAUGGGCUGCCGCUCGCGAACGGGAUGAAGUAUCGCCUCUUCGAAUGGCAAGGCAUUCGCGUCGGAAUCAUCGGCCUCGUCGAAAAAGAGUGGCUCGACACGCUUGCCUGCAUCGACAAAGACGACGUGGUCUACGUCGACUUUGUGGAGGCAGCGAAUUGUCUGUGUCGCAUUCUCCGCCAAAAAGAGUGCGAACUCAUCAUCGCGCUCACGCACAUGCGAGCUCCGAACGACGAACGACUCGCGAAGGAGGCCGAAGACAUCGACCUCAUUCUCGGCGGCCACGAUCACGACUACUACGGGCUGCAGCGCAUCGGGAACAUUCCUGUAGUUAAGUCGGGGACUGACUUCCGAGAUUUCACUGUCAUCACCAUCCACCCCGGACAAGGCUCUCGUCUUGACGCUUCGUCUCUAGGAUCACGCUCUCCUCUCUCACGAGCAGACAGUGGUGCCCUUCCUUCAAAUGCCCACCUCGAAAGUCAACAUCCGUCUUCCUCUUCUUCCUCUUCUUCUUCCUCUUCUUCCUCUUCUUCGUACUCUUGUGGAUGCGGCGCUGAUGCGAAGGGCGAGAAGCGAGAGGCGUGCAGUUCGGGAGUGAACAUUUGCAUCAAGAAAGUUCUUUCAGAGAAGCAGCUCGCGAAAGGAGUUCCGGAGAGUCUGCCUGCGUGUCCAGGCGCUCGGGAGGUCGACGUCUGUGCGUCGACGCAUGCACCCGUCCCUUUGACUCCAGCGAUCUUGAAAGACAGUCCGAAGAACUCGAGUGGCUCUUGUUCUCCCUCUUUCGCGAGUGGGCGUGCGACGGCCGGCCUCGGGUCCCCACACUCUCCUCUCUCGCCUCCUCUCUCCAUAAGCAGUCUCCCCACGCCGCCAACGCAGAAUAAGUUCGGAUCAACAACUUUCGUCAGUGAAGAAGCUGCAAGAAGAGAAGCUGCUGUCACCGCGGAAAUGUUCAAGGGACCUUUGCUGCCGACGACCGUGGAGGGCGGAGAAGAAGUCAUGCCGUUUUUUCUGGGCGGUUCGAUCGUGGAGUGGUCGAGGGUUCGCGUCGAUCCUGAGCGCUUCGAGAAGAACAAGCACGUCGAGUUGCUGGUCAAGAAGUACGAGCAGAACUUGAAGAAGCAAAUGAAACAGAUUCUCGUCGAUGCCGCCUGCGACUUGGAAACGCGCUUCUCCGUCAUCCGAACCUCAGAGAGCAAUGUCGGCAACUGGCUCUGUGACCUCAUGCGCCGCGAGUGUCGAGCAGACAUCGCCAUUCUGAAUUCCGGGACAAUUCGCUCAGACUGCCUAUUUCCUCCGGGACCGUUCCGCUUCGGUGACUUGGCUGCGAUGCUCCCCAUGACGGACACACUAUGCGUGAUCGCCGUCCACGGAAAUGUUCUUUUGCAGGCGCUGGAGAACGCAGUGUCUCAGCUGCCUAAGACUGAGGGGCGUUUCCUGCAAGUCGCCGGCAUCCGCUUCGCGUUCAACUCCUCGAAGCCUGUCGGCCAGCGCGUCGUCCGAGAUUCUGUCAAGGUCGCGCAAGACGCCUGCGGCCGCGUCCACAGCGGCGCCGCAACCCCCGUCGGCGAAGGCAAGAAAAGCGAGAGCGACUACCUGCCUCUGGACGAAAACCGAGUGUACAGCGUCGCGACGAAAACGUACCUUGCUCAGGGUCGAGACGGCUUCCACAUGUUGAGUAAGUGCCCAGUGUUGGUAGAGGACGAGUUGUUGCCCCCGCUGCCUACGAUGGUUCGAUCUGCUCUGUCGAUGGCUGAAAUGGCAAAUGGAAUCAAGAGACCACACUCUCGAAUUACCUUCAAACGGCUCACUUCGUUCACUUCCAUGCGGAAAGACGACAUGAUCAAGGACUUUGGAUGUUGCCUCACCUCUAACUUCAACUAUGUACUCGCCCCGAAAGUCGACGGGAGAAUCGUCGACGUCGCGGCAGCCGAUCAGAAGGAGCAGACCGCCUAACCGCUCGGGAAGGAAGGGCACAAAAUCGCGGGAGAUGAGGCGCAUGAGACCUGAAAAGGCAGAGAAAGCACAGAAAAGGAAAGCAAAGAAGGCGAGGGAGAAACGCGUAACGAGGAGAAUUGAAAGCAGAGGAAAGGGAAGAAGAAGAGAGGGAGGAUAAGGAACCGACUUGGAGUCUCCUUCACCAGUGAAUUCGGGACGAGAACCUGUCGAGCUCACGGUGGCAAGAACACACGUUGCAUGUUCAUCGUUUUUCAUGCAGUCGACCGUGACAAGGUCUGCGGGACAUCGCAUGUAGUGUUGUUUCGAUUUCUGUCAGGAAGUCUGUGUUCCUCUGCUCCUCACUGCGGGCACUGUGCUCCGACAUGUAGGAGCGAGACAGCGCCCUGAGUAUUUAGGACUGCGCCACAGCAGAGGCACCGUUUAUUUUUGAUUUCCUGGAUUUCUGGAGCGGCCUGAAAGGCAAUUUUGACCAGCCGCGGCUGCCACAAACAAACACUUUCUCCCGCAGCUUCACAAGUCUGCGACAAGGACAGGGGACUUGCUGGUUUCCAACAAAAAUGCGUACAUUUAUGUACAUACAGAUGUAUAUUUAGAUACAGGCGAGUGCAUAUGUAUACGUGUGUAUAAACGUGCAUAUGUAUGUAUCUUUGUAUAUGUAGCGCAGUUACGCGAGGACGGUCACCUGUCUUCGUGUCCUCUAAGGUGGACAGAGGAGAGAAGAGCGAAUGGCCUUCACAGAAGAGAAAAGUGUUCAAGCUUUUCUUCUCUCCUUUUCCCCAGUGCACCUCCUGCGAGGCCCUCGGGUGUCUGUACACCCCACUGUCGUUCUGUCUCCCCCCUGUCCCGAGAGGCGGUGGAUUUGGAGAGGCAUCAUCUGCCAAAGUCAGGCUUUUUUGUUCUGUUAUUUUCCAGGCGCUCAUUUCACUUUCAAAAAUUCAGUUUCUUCUUCUUGUCAAUCCCCACUCUGCACGUGUCAAAAAUCACUUUUUCCGUUUUCUGCUGUUUUACCUCCGUGGUUGCGGGGAACACAGUGAUUUUUCUGCGACUCUGGAAACCGCUAACUCCAUCUGGGGGCCGAAAGAAGCAUGUAACCAUGCGAGCACUUUAACGUUUCUGCGUUUACACAGGUCUUUUAUACAUGCGUGUACGUUGGCGCACGCGUUUGUGACAUAGUCGUUUUCUUUUCUUCAAUGAGAUUCGCAUGUUAAACGUGAAUCCCCCGUCUUUCAUCUGACGGGGAGAUCCCCC